GAAUGAGUCUUUGUGGUUGCAUGACUAGGUGUGGGUGACUGUGAGUGUACGGUUGUGGCCGCCGGUCUCCAGGGUGCAAGUCUGGUUGUUUGUGUAACCAUGUGUGAUACUGUGUGUUGGGAUGUGGGGUCCGUACUAUUGUGGGGUGGUAACGCUUUGUGUCCCUGUUCUGUAUGGGUGACUGUACGCCUUGUUCUUGAGAGUAUGAGUGUGGUUGUGACUGUGAGACGGGUGUGGGUGUCUGUGCGGUUAUGAUUACACGUCUCCAAGGUGAGCGUAUGGUUUUGGUUGCACGAUGUUGUAGCGUGGGUGGUAUUGUGUGUCUGUGACUGUGUAGUGACAGUGGGUGUGUAUCCCUCUUGUGUCCCUUGGAGUGUGUCUGUGAAACGGUUGAUGUGGGUGGUGCUGUGUGUUUAACGUGUCUUUCUUUCCCUGUGUGAGUGUGACUGUGUCUCUAGAGUGAAUGUUCAGUUAUGACUGGUUGAUAUUGGGUGGGCCAGAGUGCCAGUGAUUGUGUGUGUCCCCCAAGUGGGUAUGUGAUUGUGUGAGACAUUUGUGGGUAUUGGUUUGGAAAGGCUAUGACUAUAUGAGAGUGACUUCGUGUGUCAUGAUGGUGAGUAGUGUGACUGUAUGUCUUUUAAUGGGUAUGAGAUUGUGACUAUAUAAGGACCUGGAGGUGUCUGUGAUUGUCUGAUUGUGUCCUUGUGCGUAUCAAGAGUGGAUGUGUGGUUGUGUUUGUGUGACAGACCCUUGUGUGCUGGUGUGAGGUACCUGUGACUCCAGUAUACUGACCCUUGCAGAACCUGUGAAGUUAGAAUAGAUUGGGGCCCUGGACAGUGAUAGCCUCAACCUUUACCAGUGACACCGGCAUUGGACUUGAUGUCCAGUCUUCACUGACUUCUGUCUCCUGUGUCGAAGUCAAAAUGUUCCUUUUUAAAAAAGUCUUCUCCAAGAGAAAUGUUGAAAAGAAGAGGAAAGAAUCGUUAUUGAACAUCUAGAAGCUAAGUUCAGGAUGCCUUAGUUUUUCUUCUUUCCUUGAGACCAUUCUUGUUUUUCACGAUGUGCUUUUCUUUUCCUGAAACUUCUUGCCUAACUUCUCCUCACCCAAAGUGACCUGGUCUCCAGUAUUUGCCAUUGGAGUAAAUUAUUGAGAGCCCUGGAGAAUGUUCAUUAUUACUGUGUGGAAAUGCAACUGAUUUUUGUGAGUUGAUUUUGUAACCUGCAACUUUGCUGAAUUUGUUUACUCGGAUUUGUGUGGGGGAGGAGAUCUCCAGGAUUUUCUACAAGCAGGACUACAGCACACAUGAAUAUAGUUACCAAAUCAAGAAGUUUGCAACUAUUGGAAGCUGACAAAGCAAAACCAAAAGCCAUUCUGUGAAAAUACAACUAUUUUUAGAGUAUCAUAAGCUAUUAUUUCAUGUUCAGGGGGAAGAUUGUGUUUUUAUAUUUUUAAUUUUUUUAAGAUUUUUUUUUUAAAGAAGUUGUAUCUGUAAAUUAAGUGUGAUUUCUUUUUUGGAGCAAGGAGGAUAUCCUGGAUUGAGGGUUGACAAGAGGUCUGUGCACAGGACUCUGCACUUGUCUAAGAGAAGAAUCUAAAGAAAUCAGAGCAGCUCAGGUAGUUCUAAAGGCCAUGGCACAGGGAUUGGUAACAUUCAGGGAUGUGGCCAUAGAGUUCUCUCAGGAAGAAUGGAAGUGCCUGGAACCUGCACAGAGAGACUUGUACAAGGAUGUGACUCUGGAGAACUUCAGUAACUUGGUCUCACUAGGACUUUCCAUUUCUAAGCCUGAUGUCAUUUCCUUAUUGGAGCAAGGGAGAGAACCCUGGAUGAUUACAAAUGAUAUGACAGGACUGUGGUGUCCAGAGCUGGAGUCCAGAUGUGAGAAAUUUCCACAAAAAGAUAUUUCUGAAGUAGAGUCAUUCAAUUGGGAGAUAGUAGAAAGCCUUAAACGCUGUGAUUUUGAUGGCUCCGGUUUAAGAGAUGACUGGGAAUACAAAGGCCAAUUUGAAAGACAACGAGUAACUCAGGAAUGCUGUUUCAAGCAAGUAAAAGUCACGUAUGAAAACAUUCCCACUUUUGAGCAUACAUCUCUCACUUUACAUCAGAACAAUGAGAUUGGUGAGAAACUGAUUGAAUGUAAUGAAUGUGGGAAAGCAUUUAGCCGUGGCUCACACCUGAUUCAGCAUCAGAAAACUCAUACUGGUGAAAAACCCUUUGAAUGUAAGGAAUGUGGGAAGGCCUUUAGUCGUGCCUCACACCUUGUUCAGCAUCAGAGAAUUCAUACAGGUGAGAAGCCUUAUGACUGUAAGGAAUGUGGGAAGGCCUUUGGCCGUACUUCAGAACUUAUUCUGCAUCAAAGACUUCAUACUGGUGUCAAACCCUAUGAGUGUAAAGAAUGUGGGAAGACCUUUAGACAGCAUUCACAACUUAUUCUGCAUCAAAGAACUCACACAGGUGAGAAACCCUAUGUAUGUAAAGACUGUGGGAAGGCUUUUAUUCGUGGCUCACAACUUACUGUUCAUCGGAGAAUUCAUACAGGUGCUAGACCCUAUCAGUGUAAAGACUGUGGGAAAGCCUUUAGACAGCAUUCACAGCUUACUGUCCACCAGAGGAUUCAUACUGGUGAGAAACCCUAUGAGUGUAAGGAAUGUGGGAAGGGCUUCAUUCAUAGUUCAGAAGUUACUCGACAUCAAAGAAUUCAUUCUGGGGAGAAACCCUAUGAAUGUAAGGAAUGUGGGAAGGCCUUUAGACAACACGCACAGCUUACACGACAUCAGAGAGUUCAUACAGGUGACAGACCUUAUGAAUGUAAGGACUGUGGGAAGGCAUUUAGUCGUAGUUCAUACCUUAUUCAACAUCAAAGGAUUCAUACAGGUGACAAACCCUAUGAAUGUAAGGAAUGUGGGAAAGCCUUUAUUCGUGUUUCACAACUGACUCAUCAUCAGCGAAUUCAUACUUGUGAGAAACCCUAUCAAUGUAGGGAAUGUGGAAUGGCCUUUAUUCGUAGUUCACAACUUACUGAACAUCAGAGAAUUCAUCCUGGGAUCAAACCAUACGAAUGUAGAGAAUGUGGGCAGGCCUUUAUUCUUGGCUCACAGCUCAUCGAACACUACAGAAUUCACACCGGUUAAAAAGCCUUGAAUGUUAGGGGUAUAGGAGCCUUUACAUGGAGUUCACACCUGACUCAGUAUUAGAUAAUGUAUAUGUAAUGUAAUUAAUGUGAAAACCUUCACUUGUCACUUCCAUUAUGGAAUAUCAGAUAACUCAUACCAGAAGAAAAUUCAAUAAAUGUGGGAAUUCUUUUUGCCUCACACUCACUACUUACUAAGCAUCAGAAAACUUAUGCCGAAAAAAAAUAUUAAUAUGAAUAUGGAAAACCUUUUUAUUACCACUCAAAAUGUGUUAAACUUCUGAGAAUUCCUAAUAGAAAAUGACCUUAUUAAGAUAUUUUGUGAAUGUGCCUUUUACCAUGACCUACAUCUUACUUAACAUUAUCUCAAUUCUACCAGUUACUGACUGUAGAGCAUUAGACAAAUAAUACAGUCUUCCUGUUCCUCAAUUUAUUUUUAAGCAGUGACCAUUUUACUUACCUAAUAGAGUUUUCCUGAUGACUAUCAGAUAUUUUAUAUAAAGCCUGUGUUCAAUAAAUUUUAGUUACCAUUCUUAAUAACAGUAUUUAUGUUGAGUUCCUGUGAGAAGAGGGCCUUAUGAAUGCAUCAAAUAUCAAAAAAGCCUUCAUAACCACUUAUUAUAAAACUUCAUUCUAGAAACCAUAGUCACAUAUAAUUAUCAUGAGGUCUUCAUGAUAUUUAAAGCUAGAAAGUCACAAGAUUAGAAAUUAACAGAAGAGUAGCCAAAAGAAAUCUACCCAUUUAGAAAUCUAAAGCGACCUUCAAAUAUAACUUAAAAAGCAAUAAAAAAAAAUUCUACACAUCAAAACCAGUUCAGUAUAGCCAAAGCCAUGUUCCUGUCAAGCUAAGGAUUGAAGAUGGGGGCUUUUGUUCUCCAAAUGUGGAUCUCCAGCUCCUACGCAUUGCCGGUUACAUACUAAGCACAUUGAAUGAAUGGUCAACUCUAAAAAUUAGAGGACAAUUACCACAUAAACCCAAAUCAACAGGAAGAACAAUAAUUAAAAACAAAAAAUAAUAAAAUAGAAAACAACAGUAGGCUUAAUAUGAAGGUUGUUUAUUUAGCAAUAUAAGAUGGACAAUUGGCAACCUUGAUCUAGGAAAAAAAAACAUUUAGCAUUACGAAUAAGGAAGGGGUAGAUAUUUCUUUUAAAUAGCUACUAUGCAUGACUUUAAUAUAUUUGGAAAUUUAAGGAGGAUUUUUAUAAAAAUAUCAAAGUUCAAGAAGAUAUGGAAUACCUGAAUAAAUCAAUGAUUGGAGAAGGCUAUAAAAAGUCAGUCUGCCUCUUUAAAGAAAACUGUUUAAUCUACUGAUACUUUAAGGAACAGAUAGAUAAUCCCUGAGAGAAGCUUGCCAGUUUAUUUUCAAGGCUAAAUAAAAUUAUGAUUUAAAAAAAUUCAAUAAGAAUGGCUCCAAGAAACAAAUUAUAGAUGAUUACCAUUUGUGAAACUAAAUAUGAAUAAAAUCCCCGCUAAUUGAAUCCUGUCUCUUUAAAGUUCGAAGCUCAUUUUAAAUGUAAUAUCUAGAAUUUCACCUGUUGUGGAUUAAUUGCAUUUUCAGAAUUUUGAUAUAACUCCAGAUGACAAUGAUGGGAAAAAGAGCCCUGAUCCAACCCCAUUGAUACCUCGAUCAGAGCUUGUGAGUGUCAAGAAGCAUCCCCUCAGUCCAGGCAAGUGUCUGAGGUAGAGGGCCUGUUGUGUCCCCAGGCCAUCCAUCUUCUCAGUAAUCCUGAGUGUUCGCUAGGACACCUGUAUUUUCUGCAUGUGUCACUGCCUACACCGGAUUAGAAAGUAGUAUUCUGUGUGUCAUUCUUAAGUGGUUUAAUGAUUAGGAUGACACUGAAGCUAUGACGCUAAAAACUCACUCUGAGGGAUGCCUCAAUGGCUCAGUGAUUGGGCGUCUGCCUUUGGCUCAGGUCCUGAUCCCAUGAUCUGGGAUUGAGUCCCGCAUCAGGCUCCUUGCAGGGAGCCUGCUUCUCCCUCUGCCUAUGUCUCUGCCUCUGUCUCUCUUUGUGUCUCUCAUGAAUAAAUAAAAUAUUUAAAAAUAAAUAAAAACUCACUCUGAAUAAUUAAAACACAUGCACAGGACAAAUAUUUUAAAGCUAUGAUUUGAUAGACAGACACAAGUCAAUCUCCACACUAUCUCUGCCCCUUCCCACCCUGUACUCUAUGUCCCUAUCAGUAUAUCAAGUUCUUGUAUAUACUUCCUGAUUUUUAUGGUUGCCUAAGUGUAGAUAUGCACAUAACACUGUUUAUAAAAGUUUUUUACAUAAAUGGUAGCAAAUUUCUAUACUUGCUAUUUUUGCUUAUCCUUAUACCUUGAAAUUGGAUAUCAAUACAUAAAUAGUUGCCUUAUGCUUCCUUAACAGCUGCAUAGUAUGUGUUUCAUAAUUUAUCCUGUCUAUUUAGUUUUUUUCAUUAUUCUUUGCUUUCAUUAUCCUAUAAUAAAUAUCCUUGCAUAUAAA